GGCUCUGGCGCUGGCUCCUCCCGCCGUGAUGCGCUCGGGAGGCGCCUCCGCGGCUGCUCCGCCGAGCGGCGCCGGGGCCGGGCCGGGCCGGGCCGGGCCGGGCCGGGCAGCGCAGGCACGCUUUGGGAUCCGUUCUUCAGGGAUCUCGUCCAGAGCCGCUCAGCCCGUCCUGCCCGCCUGCAGAGCAAAGCCAUUGCUGUGGAGCCACCGCUCGUGCCUGUUGAGGUACUUCAUGGAUUCUCGACAACAAGCAUCUCAUGUGCAUGUGGUCCCUUCACAAGAUGAAACACGUAGCGGCAUCAGCACCGGAUAAACUCUUGGAAGUCCUGGCUCAUUAUUUAAGCAAGGCCAGGCUGCCUGUUGUGAUUUUUGGGCACAUGUAUCCCCGCUCACUCUCCUGAGUGGUGCUCACACCGACCAACAGCUUGUGGGUCCCGAGAGCCGUGCCCCUGGGGAUGUUCUCCCUUGAGCUCAGAGCAGCAGCAGUCGACCUGGACCGACCCAGCGGGGUUUAUUUUGGAGCUGCCGGGAAGGAGCCCUCAUCUUUGGAGCUGUCCUUGAGCAGAUGACUGACAAAGUAAUGAACGGGAGGGUGCCCCUGCCUGAAAAAGCCUUGUCUGAGGGCUACGCUCGGCUGCGGUACAGGGACACCUCGCUGCUCAUCUGGCAGCAGCAGCAGCAGAAACUGGAGUCAGCCCCCCCCAACACUUACCUGAGCCGGAGUCGGAGCAUGUGGUACUCGCAGUACGGCAACGAAGCCAUCCUGGUGCGGGACAAAAACAAGCUGGAUGUCUCCAGGGACACAGGGCAAUCAAAGUUUUGUGCUAUUAUGUAAUGUCGGUGUUUUUGCAUUAGAAAUCCACACAUGGAGACAAACCAGACUUGCAUCAAGCUUGGGGAGAUGGGUUUGUGCCAUCCUCAUGACAGACCAGCGGCUAAAGCCAAGGAUAGGCCAGAAAGGCUGUCUGGAGUUUGUUUGGUUUUUUCUGUUGGUAGCAUCAGAUUUUGCAUGUCAUUGAGUGUGUGUAAUGAAAACAGUCUUGCUCGGGAACUCACGAGCCUGUGUUUGCUGCCCAGCAUCUCGGCAGGGUCCGUGCUGGGCCGUGUGUUGCUUGUAAGUGGCUUUGUGUCCUAUGAGAAACACCCGCUGCCAUUUGGGAGCCCUCCCCAGGAGGCACCUUCACUUGCUAGUCCUUACGCAUUGCCACAGCUCUGCAAACACUGGUGGGAGAGAGGCAAGUGCAGAUCCGUUUCCAUCGAGGGUAAGAUUUUAGGAUGGUGAUCUGCAAACUACCUGGCCACUACUUGCUCUGCUUGCCCUGUCUCCCUUUAAUGACUGCCCUGGAAGUGGCCUCUUACAAUCACGUAAUGAAGUGAUGUAUUGUUGGGGCAGGGGGAAGAGGCAAAGAAUGUACUGAGAAUUUCGUCUGGUCAAAACACCUGGCAGAAGGUGCGCUGCAGUUGCAUCCUGUGCAAAGCAAAGGGCUCUCUCCAAUGCCACAGUUUGGUUUUGUGGGAAUAACAGACAGGACUUCUGGAGUCGGCGGAGCUGACUCCCUUCACGCAGGUAGAUCCCCAGCUACUGUAAAUACACGCAUCUCCUGCUAAGGGACGUAAGGGAAUGCCUACGCAGUGCGUACCUGCCCCCAGAGAUCAGUUGCAGAAGGAAACAGUCUACUGAAGUUUGCUUUGCAUUUAAAUUUGAAUGCAUGCAGUAGCUUGGAAGGGUUUCUCUUCUAAUUUGGGUUGGAGAGUAGAUUUAGUGCAUGUAUUUUAGAAGUUGUGUCCAGGAGCGUUUGCUUCAACUAAGUGAAGGAUUUUAGGAGGGAAAAAUAGUACAAUUGCACUUCUUGGGAGGAGAGAUUGCUUAGAGGUCAUUUCCGUUAGAGCUGAAUCCUGAACUUGCUCAAGGCAAGAUCAAGCUGAGAACCUCAGUCCAGCAAGCACCUAAAUCUUUAUUAAAAACAAAGCAGUACCACUUACAGAGGUGCUAAUUCUGCACCCAGGGUUCAUCACUGAAGUAUAAUAUUGGGCUUAAGUCAUGGACUCCCUUUAUGCCCUGCUUCGGACGUCCUCCUGCAGCCCUGCGUGCCUAAUCCAGCAGCGCUUAGGCAUAGGCUUAACUUCAGGCAAGUCAGUAUUUGAUGUUGACUUCAAUAUAGAUUAUUUACCUGCCUAAAAGUAGGCACAGUCAUUACUUAUAUUUAUCUAAAACCUCUUUUGUGUUUUUCAAGCACUUUAUUUUUACUACAGUGAAGAAGAAUCUCUUCCACCUCUUCCAUGUGGGUUGAAUGCUCCAACACACACGAUGAAGCUUGCUGAGCGGAACAGACCUGUUUUAAUGCGAGAUCGUAGAGGUUUGGCGCGCUCAGCCCUGAUCUGUAGCACGCGUAUGCACUGCAAACCAUUGGCAGCUCAUUUUUUUUAAAGUACUAUUUAUGCAUGUGUCGAUGUUUGGUACCUUCUGUGUGUACUCAUAAAACUAAACCUGCUGACAGACCUCAGUGCUUUGCAGACCUGGGCAUCACUCUGCACGCUCACAUAAUCCUCUUGAUCUUGCCGGGACUAACUCUGGGUGGGAAAUAUUUUGGUGAAUAAAUGUUUUUCAACUGGGGAGGGAAGCAUUCAGCAAGAUUCACACAACCAGCGAGACUCGGCAAGCUGCGGGCAGCGGCGCUGAAGGCAGAGCAUUGCCUGGGGUGCGUGACCCACCCAGGGCGAUCGAUUCGUAGAGAGGGGCCCUGGGCACUGCGGGCGGAAGGGCCCUGCAGAGGCAGGAGAGGGGGGUUCAGGGCCCUUCUGGCAGCCCAGGGGAGCGUGCAAACUCUGGGAGUUUAAGGAACAGCACAUCCCAAAACCCAGCUGUUCAUUUUCUUUACUUUUCUUAUAGAAAAAAGCAUAGAUUUUUUUUUUCCAGUAAGAAUGUUGGUUAUUGUGGGUACAAUCAGUCUUUUUGUUUAUGUGGCUGGUAAACCAAAAUUCAAUUAUUUGAAGAGUGUUAAUUGGACUAUAUGUGAAUAAAAAAAUUAAGCAUGUGCAUAAAUUCUUCCAGGAUUGAAGCUGAAGAUGACAGUACAGGAAGAGCGUGACUUGUUCUUCCAUCUCUCUGUGAACGUGACUAUUAUUUUCCAUAUCGGUGUCCUCAGUCACAGCAGGUUUGUGGAGUGGCUGCUAUGAGCGCGCAGUUCCCUAAGCCAGUUGUGUGGUGUUGAUGCACUUGUUUAAAAUGCUGCUGUAGCCUCUUUGAUAAAGUGCAUUAAAGUGAUUUGAAUGCA